GGGCCCUUCGCAAAGACCAGCCAAUGGCGGUGCGCGAGAGGACUGACGGGAACAACUGGUCUCCCAGUAGCGGGCGGCGAGAGGUGCGCGGGGCGCAUGCGUUCUGAGGAAAGCUAGAAAAAGGGUUUGCUGCCGGGCCACGUCGGAGACAUGGAGCAAGGUUACGGAGGCUACGGGGCAUGGAGUGCAGCAUCUGCCAACACCCAGGGUUCAUAUGGAAGUGGCGUGGCUGGCUGGCAAGGCUACGACAACUACAAUUAUUACAGUGCCCAGAAUGCCAGUGUCCCUGCAGGAGCGUCCUAUAACUACGGCCCAGCCUCCUGGGAGGCCACCAAGGCCAGUGAUGGUGGCCUGGCAGCGGGGGGUUCUGCCAUGCCCCUGACAUCCUACGGCCCAGAGCCAUGCACUGACAAUUCGGACUCUCUCAUUGCCAAGAUCAACCAACGACUGGAUAUGAUGUCCAAGGAAGGAGGAAGGGGCGGGAGUGCGAUCGGUGGGGAGGGCAUGCAAGACCGAGAGAGCUCCUUCCGCUUCCAGGCCUUUGAGUCGUACGACUCCAGGCCCUGCCUGCUGGAGCCCAGCCGCUAUCGCCCCAACUACAGCUAUGACUAUGAGCUGGGGACUGACCGCAAUGGUGGUUUUGGUGGGCAGUAUGGUGACUGCCGGGAUGCAGGCCGAGAGCAGGGCUCCCUAGAUGGCUUCAUGCGGGGCCGGGGCCAGGGCCAAGGCCAAGGCCAAGGCCUGGGCCGCUUCCAGGAUCGCUUCCAAGACCGGAGUAGCUCCAACAACACCUUCCUGCGCAGUGACUCCUUCAUGCCACCCUCGGCCUCCUCUGAGUCCCUCCUUCCAUCCUGGAGUGAACUGAACUACACGGGUGGACGUGGCCUGGGAGGCCCUUCUUCCAGCAGACCCCCUUCGUCCCUCUUCUCCCAAUCCAUGACUCCCAAUUACAACAUGAUGGGCAUGCAGGGGGUGGGUGGUUUUGACAACACCCUGCCUUACGGAUGUAGUCGGCCACAGGCUCGGAUGCAGGAUCGGCCCAGGAGGAGAGGGUUCGAGCGCUUUGGACCAGAAAGCAUGGGCAGAAAGCGGAAGCCGUUUUUUAUGUAUGAGGAGCCAGAUGCCAAACUGGCCCGCGCUGAGAGCGAAGGAGAUUUUUCUGAAAAUGAUGAUGGAGCUGGUGACUUCCGGUCAGGAGAUGAAGACUUCAGGGGUGAGGAUGAACUCUGUGACUCUGGGAAGCAGAGAGGAGACAAGGAUGAUGAAGAGGAGGAUGGGAAGAAGAGGCGGGAAAAGCAACGGAGAAGAGACAGGACACGGGACCGAGCAGUUGACAGGAUUCAGUUUGCCUGUUCUGUGUGCAAGUUUCGUAGCUUCGAAAAUGAGGAAAUCCAGAGCCAUCUGCAGAGCAAAUUUCAUAAAGACACGCUGCGGUUUAUAAGUACCAAACUUCCCGACAAGACGGUGGAGUUUCUCCAGGAAUACAUCAUAAAUAGGAACAAGAAGAUUGAGAAGCGGCGGCAGGAACUGAUGGAGAAGGAAAGCCCCAAGCCCAAACCAGAUCCAUUCAGAGGGAUUGGCCAGGAACACUUCUUCAAGAAGAUCGAAGCAGCACACUGCCUGGCCUGCGACAUGCUCAUUCCUGCACAGCACCAGCUCCUCCAGCGGCACCUGCACUCCGCAGACCACAACCAUAACCGCAGGAUGGCUGCUGAGCAGUUCAAGAAAACAAGUCUCCAUGUGGCCAAGAGUGUUUUAAACAAUAGACACAUAGUGAAAAUGCUGGAGAAAUACCUCAAGGGAGAGGACCCUUUUACCAGCGAAACCACUGAUCCUGAAAUGGAUGAAGACAACGUGGGUGGGGAGGAAAAGGAAGAGACACCGGAAGGGGCAGCUGCAGCUGUGUUGGCGGAGGUUAUCACGGCAGCAGUGAAGGCUGUGGAUGGUGAAGAAGGGCCAGUGGGAGACACCACUGAGGUUCUGGCUCAAGGCGAAGGCCCCAUGGACAUGGUAGAGGCCAUCAGCCAUCCCCUUGCUGAGCAGCCACCAGAAGAGCAUGCCUCUUAUGGAACAGCCUCUGAGAAGGGGAACACUGAAGAAGACCAGGCUGGAAGUGAGGCACCUGAGGCUGGAAGUGAGAUGGUGACACCAGUGGCUGGGACAGAAAGCGCCACAACGGUUGCUGCUUCCAUCCCGGCUCCCGCAGAUGCCGAAGCAGGACAAACCAAGUCUAAAGAUGCCAUCCUCACAGCAUGACCUCCAUGUGCCGUCAGGAAUCUGGUGCAGAAUGCAUUCCCCUUUUUUCUUAGGCAGUGGGGCUUGUAUUACUGGAAUAUGCUGUACUGGGUUUGGGGGCAAUCCAGCCAUUUCCUUUCGUGCAGGGCUGGCCUUCCUCUUUGAAGUCUGGCCCUAGCAUUUCUCCCACAUUGAGUGGACUCCUAACACUGCACUUAGAAUAAUAAAAUUUUGGUAACUAGA